GUCCCCCACCAUGCAGAUGGGCACCAUCGCGUGCUGGGAGAAAAAGGAGGGCGACAAGAUCGGUGAAGGGGAUCUCAUCGCGGAGGUGGAGACAGACAAAGCAACAGUUGGCUUUGAGAGUUUGGAGGAAUGCUACUUGGCCAAAAUCCUGGUACCGGAGGGAACAAGAGAUGUUCCUAUUGGGGCCAUAAUAUGUAUCACAGUAGAAAAGCCUGAACAUGUUGAUGCCUUUAAAAAUUACACUCUGGAUUCUGCAGUAUCUGCUCCCCCUGCAGCCUCAAUGCCUCCCCCUCCAGCUGCAGCACCCUCACCCCCACCUCCGCCUUCUCCUCAGGCUCCUGGCAGCUCUUAUCCUCCUCAUAUGCAGGUUGCUCUCCCUGCUCUGUCACCCACCAUGACAAUGGGCACAGUGCAGAGGUGGGAAAAGAAGGUCGGGGAGAAACUGAAUGAGGGAGACUUACUAGCAGAAAUUGAGACAGAUAAAGCCACAAUAGGCUUUGAAGUGCAGGAGGAAGGCUACUUGGCAAAAAUAUUGGUGCCUGAAGGAACAAGAGAUGUGCCAUUAGGAACAACCCUCUGCAUCAUUGUGGAGAAAGAGUCUGAUAUUCCUGCCUUUGCUGACUACCGAGAGACUGCAGUAACAGAUAUGAAGGCACAAGUUCCUCCUCCUCCCCCUCCUUCACCAGUGGUGGCAACUCCUGCUGCUGCUGCUCCUCCUUCUCCCCAGCCUGCUGCUCCUCCAACUCCAGCAGUCGCAACAGCUGGGCCACCUCCCCGGAAGGGAAGGAUCCCGGUUAGUCCCCUAGCGAAGAAACUGGCAGCAGAAAAAGGAAUUGAUCUUGCCCAAGUGAAAGGUACUGGACCAGAUGGUAGAAUCACAAAGAAAGAUGUGGAGUCAUUUGUGCCACCACGGGUUGCCCCAGCUCCGGCAGUAGAAGCAGUACCUGCAGCUGCUGCAGUUGCAGCAGCACCAGUGGGGACCUUCACAGAUAUCCCGAUCAGCAACAUUCGGAGGGUCAUUGCUCAGCGGCUGAUGCAGUCUAAACAAACAAUACCUCACUACUACCUUUCUGUUGAUGUAAACAUGGGAGAAGUACUGAUGCUACGAAAAGAACUCAAUCAGGUGGUCUCAGAUAAUGUUAAGCUUUCUGUCAAUGACUUCAUAAUUAAAGCUUCUGCUCUGGCAUGCUUGAAGGUGCCUGAGGCAAAUUCUUCAUGGAUGGACACAGUUAUUAGGCAAAAUCAUGUAGUGGAUGUUAGCGUUGCAGUGAGCACUCCUGCAGGGCUUAUAACUCCUAUUGUGUUUAAUGCACAUAUAAAGGGCCUGGCUUCUAUCAGUAAGGACGUGGUCUCUUUGGCAACUAAAGCCCGAGAAGGUAAACUUCAGCCACAUGAAUUCCAGGGUGGUACUUUCACAAUUUCCAAUUUAGGAAUGUAUGGGAUUAAGAAUUUCUCUGCCAUAAUCAAUCCGCCUCAAGCCUGCAUCCUUGCAGUUGGUUCCUCAGAGAAAAAGCUAGUGCCAGCUGACAAUGAGAAAGGAUUUGAUGUGGCCAGUAUGAUGUCCGUUACACUGAGCUGUGACCAUCGUGUUGUAGAUGGAGCUGUUGGAGCACAGUGGCUUGCUGAAUUCAAGAAUUUCCUUGAAAAGCCAGUAACCAUGCUGCUAUAAUUGAAUCAUGCAAAGCAAAAUAUUCCUGGAUCACACUGUUCUGUUUUAAACAAGCUAUUUAGACUUUAGUAUUCAGACUUAUUAAAGAGUUCCAUUUUUUUAUUUAAAAUAUGUAUUAUAUUAUCUGGUAAUAUUCUUACCAGUCUGUACAGAGAAAAGGUUUGCAAAAAUGCUUUUGAAGGCAAUAUUACAUCUAUUCUGUAUGUUUAUACAGUUGGUUAACUUGCAAACUCUUCCAAAACAGUUUAGCAUCCCAGAUUUAAAGAUGAUCCAGGCAGUAUGUGUGCUGCCAUCUGCUUCUAAACUAGUUUGGAUGAGGUGGGGGUGCAUACCAGGUAAUUUCAUGACCUCCAUUUUCAGAAAUUUGAAUUGCAAACAUCUCUCCACAGGAGUUCAGAUGAGAUCGUAACUGAAACAUAGGAGGUGAAUUCCCUUAUUCUGUUCUCUUGCUGGGAUGGGUGGCAAUGGCAGAUGCACUAAGGGACUGAAGCCCCUGGCAAUAGUUUCUCAAAGGCCAAGUGUUAGCAUUCCAAGUCUCUUUUGGAAUUUAGCACUGGUUUGGACCUUCUCAGCUUUGGGAUCCCUUCUGAGCACUUUAAAGGUGAAAAAACACUGAUACCUGUGGUGUCACACCUCAGGCAUCACAGGGAACGUGCUGUCUCGUCGUAGACUUUCACUUACAUGUGCUUCUCAUAUGAGGACUCUUUAAUUGCUUUUCCUCUUGCUGGGUUAGUAUCAGACUAUGAUGCCAUGGAAGUAACUGUUCUGCAGAAUUUUCAAGAGACUUUGUGUGUUGGAACCCAUGUAGGCAAAUCACACAUGCUCAUAAUCCCACCAGAGGGUGUUAAUCAUGUGUGAUGUGUGAUUUGAAAACUUUUUCAGGCAUUCUAACAUAGGAGUGCAUUAGUCACCAGUACUGUAGUUCUGCCCUGAAUUGUCUGUGUUGUCCCAGCCUCAGUAAACUGCAGAAUGUGCUAUCCAUGUAUAUAUUGUAUGUAAAAUGUUGGAAUUGCUUGUUGGACUUGAGUCCAGUUACCCCAGUCAUUGUAUCCUGAAAGAGUGCAACGCUGAACAUGCUUAAAUUCCACUUUCUACAUGGUAACAUUCAUGUAAAAAGGAGGAUUAUGCAGUAACUUCAGCAUGACCAGGAGAAUUGAGUAAGGGGGGAGAAGUUAACCAAAAACUGAACCAAACCAAACAGAGAUGAAGCUGAUUUGUCGUAUAUCACAUUAUGUACUUUCCCCUGUAAAGUUCUGCUACAAAACUCACUAAAGAUAUUGAAAGAAAA